AUGUCUAAUAGAUACAAAUUUAUAAUUCCUGCUACCGUCAGGAUACUAUUGGUGCCAAUUAAUAACUGUUCCCUACGCGACUACAACCGAUACAUCAAUUUAAUUACAUCAAGCGUGACUGAUUUAAGAUUACUCGAUCUCAAAGCCAACGCCGGUUUGCAUUUUUUCAACCCUGCUACUUUCCCAGAAGGACGAAUAAUUCCCGAAUUCACAACCACUGACGAUGAUCUGAUAUAUUUACACGAAUUUGAACCAUUUAGAAAAACAUUCAUAGUUUUGGGAAUCGGCCGAUAUUGCACGGAUAGCGACCAUUUGGCCCAAUUGAGAAAGAUAUACUCUGGAGCAAUAGUUCACAGCACAAUUCAAUUCGAUACACCGGAAUCAGAGCUCUCUAAAUCAACUGCAAACUCAUAUUUUCAUAAUGGAGCAACCACACAUUUUUCAGCCAUGGAGGGUAUUUUUUCAGAAAUCUUUGACUCCUUUCUUAUUGCAUUAGAUGAAUACGCAUCGGCUUAUAGCAACAUAUCACUACGAUCACCAGUGUCCAUAACAGACAGUCAUGUGUUAACCAAAACAAUCAACCAAGCUCAGAAACGGCUCAGUUCAGGAUCAACGUCCUUCAAAGCUUCGUUUAAUGGCUUGCCAACAGAUACACCAAAUACACCAAAAACGUCUACGGACAAGUCGAAAACGCAUUCCAAAUAUGGCGGCAGAUAUCAUAAAUUGAUGGGGAAUUUAUAUUUAUUGACGGGAAAGUACAACGAUGCACUACAAAGCUUUACGGAAAGUGUUACUUCUUUGAGACGAUUUGACGACUUUCUAUGGUUGGGAAGCGCUUUGGAAGGGUUAGCAUUGAGUAUAUUUUUGCUCUCAUUUGUUCAAGCAAAUUUUCAAUUGAACCCCAUGCUUGGAUCAUGGUUGCAAAUUCCAAAAUUUUCAGUAUCAACAGAUCAUUCUGCAUCAAAACGAUUGUCACUGGAGUCGAAUGGAUCAAAGACAAAUGUUAUAUCACCUAGGCCGUCUUUAACCGCUUCGAAUGCGUUUUCAAUACCCCUCACUUCAUCAGUUGAUUUAAAUACAUUAUCGGUGCCUGAUAUUUUGAAAGUUUUGCUAGCCAAAGCGAUUUACUUUUACGGACAAAGUACUGACGAUCCUGAAAACAUGGUACCCGAUGUUGUGUACAUAGAAUGUAUUUUGAGGAAAUUGAGUCUUAUGAUUGGAUACCACUUGAGCGCCCCCAUGGAAGAAAUCGUUCAGGGAAGAGUGAAGUCCAACAUAAUUGACAACACUUAUUUCCUGACUCAGGAUAUUCUUGCUGAUGUUGACAAAAUAUUCCUUCUUCAAUUGAUUGAUUUGAACAUCAUGGACCAGUGUUAUAUAUACUCCUACAUUGCUCAAGUUUAUCACAAGUUAAAGUUUUUUCGAAAACAAGCGUUCAUUUUGAGAUUCCAUUUAAUUGCAUUGGUGUCACAAUCCAAAACAUCUCACGAUUCAAGGUCUAUUAAGGAGCUUUUAGACGAACUCUUCGACUUGUAUGGGAUUGGAAGCGAGCCAGACAUUAGCUGUUUACAACUGAGUCCGCCUCGAAAAAGUGUGCAAUUGUCCUUACAGCUUCAAGUUUUAAAACUAGCUCUCAAUUCGGCAGAACAUAUCAACGAUACGGAGCUAGCACUUAACAUCUGCUGUCUUCUGCUUGCUCGUUACUCCCAAUGUAUACCAGCUGAUGGACAAAUAAAGUUACGAAACAUGAUUGACAAGAUUACUAGUCAAUCUAAGUUGACUGUGCCCUACUUUGAUCCAUUUAUGGUCCGCAAAAUCAAAUUUGUCUCAACUAGACAAAAAGAUCAUUUGAUUCCAUUUGUUGAUAGCGAAGUAGACUCCCCCAAGCAGUCAUUUUUUGAUCCAUAUCAUUUGAAAAACGAUGCGGUAAACUUAGAUCGCAUUUUGAUUAAUGAUGAGGUUCAUCAACUAAAAAUUACAAUGUAUAACCCAUUUGCUUUCGAAAUUGAAAUCAAUGAUUUAGAGGUAAUUAGCGAAGGUACAGAUGUUGAGACAUUGAAGCCAAUGACGCAACAGAUAAUUCCACUGGCUCAAAGCUCUCCCGCCCUUAACAAAUUGAGAGCAAAUACCAAACGCAAUGCCACUACCUCCAAUAUUGCUCAAAUAGCAGGUCUAAACACUAGCAUAGGAACAAUCUCCCCUACGUCCAGCUCCACAAUAGUCGUUUCAUUCAAGGCUUUGAGCGUUGGUGAAAUGAAAAUCACCGGACUCAUGAUUUCAAUUAGUGGCUUCGAAAAACAAUAUUUUCCAAUUGUGGAUAAGCUUUCAAAUCAUAACUCCAAAACUCUUGAAGCGAUAGGGGAACGAGAGGAGAAGACAAACUCUUCCGUGUACGAUACCCUUUACAAGUAUUUAAAAGGUGAAUUGAAAGACCCACGAGUACUGUAUCGAAGCUUGCCAUUAAGUGUCAUUCGACCUCAACCGGUAUUGAAGCUAGUUGAUCUUACAAUUCCAAACGGUUGCAUUAUGCUCUUGGAAGGAGAACAAGUUAAAUUUGAGGUCAAGUUGAUAAAUGAUUCAACGGAGGUGAUUAACUAUUUAUCAUUUUCAUUUUGGGAUUCUGCGAUUGAUUUCUUGGAUCGUAAAUUGAGCCAACCACAUUUAAAUGCAUUUGAAACAUAUGAGCUCGAAUGGAACUUACUCGAAUUUAAAUCGUUUCGAAUUUUGAACAAGAAUAUAAUUGGGGAGACGAUCACACCCGGUGAAGAAGUUACAAUUCAAUAUUUGCUUACUAGCAGAAAGUUGAUGAGGCAGCUGAAGAUUAUAUUGGAUUAUGCAAAUCGAUCUGGCGAUCAGUCUUUUAUCAAGCAUUUAGAUGUUCCUAUUGCGGUUUCAGUUGUGCCAAGUUUGGAAAUCGUUGGAUGUGAUAUAAUCUCGUCAUUUUCUACUGCAACGUUGGAGAAUACCGAUUUUCCGGUUGUUGUCUCAUCAGUAACUACUUAUUUGAAAGGAGUCGAUGAUGUUUCGCAAUAUUGUUUAUUAGUACUAGAUUUGAGAAAUUCUUGGACAAGUGCAUUACAUUGUCAGUUAGAAUAUGACAAUUUCAAGCUUCUGGGUUUGAUCGAGUCAAAUAAAACCGCAAGAUAUUUCAUUCCAUUACGGAAAGUUCGAAAGGUUCCGCAGAAUCCUAUACCUUCAUUGCGUAAAAAGCAAUUCAUCAAGGACUACGAUCUUACUGUUGAGGACGAGGCUCAAAUGAUCAAAAUGUUUUGGUUAAAGCAGAUUAUAUUGGAGAAGUUGACGGGAAGCUGGACUGUGGAUAACAGACACGGGCUAUUGGAUGUGAGAAGUUUAAGGCUAACUCCAAAGAUGGCUAAUAUUCUCGUCAUUAACGAAGUAGAAGUGGUAACAGAAAUCGCGUUGAACGGACAGGAGUUCAAAUGUGGCCAUUUACAUGAUCUUCAAACCGAUCAAUUCUACACUUUGAGGACUACAAUAACCAAUCACACCGGCCAUGAAAUAAGCGGGUUUAUACGUCAAUUACCGCUCCCAGCAACAACCUCUCCGUCAAACAACUUAGCCAAACUGUUAUCAAUUGAUAAGAAAAUCUUAAUCAAUGGCGUCUUGCAACAGAAAUUCCCCACCAUCAAACCACUGGGCAGUUUGAGCAUAGACACGAGCUUUGUCAUUAUCGAAAAGGGCGAGUACGAAUGGGGAACUGUGGUGGACCUCAUGUCAGAGCAAUGCAUUAACAAGAGUCCCUUACAUAUCACAACAAACUAG